AUGAGGCCGCCGCCACCAGCAGCCCUGGCGCGGGCAAAGUCCUUGCAGAGUGACAGGCUACUUGGUCUUCUAGCUCUGGCAAAGCGUAUUUGCUGCCUGGCCGCUGACAUCGAAAGGAUCGACCGAGGUGCUGGCCGAGCAAGAAUCGUUCCCUCGUUCUCGUUCCGCAAUGCUGCUGGCCCUUCCGGCCUUCACAGCUCGACGUUACUGCUUUGCGACUUAAUGUAUCCAAAAGUCAGCGCGUUGACUUGUGUUCGAGCGAACAAGGCCGUUCCACCUCGCAUUGGAUUGCGGCAAGGCUUCUCUCAACUCCGACAGCUCCGUCUGCCUUCCAAGAAUGCUGCAUCGAUGCAACCUCGUCGAUAUCUACAGACAAGAGAUGCCUCAACUGCAGCCGUUUCUGCCAAACUUGGAGAUACACACGUCAACCAACACUCAGGAUCUUCGUCUUUCUCGCAAAAUCAUUUACCACUGUCAGCCAAUUCCCAUUUGCAACCGACACCAGAUCACACUUCGCCUUUCGAUGACCCUGCCGGAAAGUUCAGCGGCUCUCUCAACCACUGGCUCUCUCCUUGGCAAGCCGCUCGUCGAAAGGUGACGCACAAAGAUAAACAAAUGAAGGCACGCAUUACGCAGGUCCUUGAUGACUUCAAAGCAGAUUUUGCGCCGGGAUGGAGAGAACGGAGCGAUACAAAUGGUCUCAACCGACGCAGGCUCGCAGCUCAUCGACUCUGGCGAGUGUAUCAGACAUACGCUCACAAAGAAAGGCUACCGUCCUAUUUGCGAGUCAACAUUGCAAAUGCACUCGUCCUGUCCGCACACUACAUCACCACUAACAAAUCACACUCACCCCAAUCAAAGGCCCUGCGACACCUCUUGGGUCGACGUAUCAGCGCCAUCAUCCAGGACUGCAAUUACGUCCGCGCCAAAAAGUCGCCUGCUACAGCCUCGAGAUCGUCUUCGACAAAACACUUGGAGUUUACGGUCUCAAUGCUCCAGCCCAUCUCGCUGGCUCUUCAGGCACAGCCCAUCUCAGCUCUCAAACUUAUGGACGAGGUCUUGCUCUGUUCUCGUCCCGACGUUUACAGCUCCAAGUCACAGCAUAACAUGCAGACCGAAUAUUUGUCUCCCAUUCACACCACCUUGCUUACCAUUCUCGAUUCGAUCAAUUUCGAAGUCAACUGUCGACCAAACGCCGAGACUCUUGCCAACUCGAUCCUGUCACAGCCUCAUUUCUUCGAAGAUGACGGCAUGCUAGCAGACCUCCAGAUGGGUCAGGAACCGCCCUCGGAGUCUGGCAAUCCCAUCGAGAAGAUCCUUGAAUGGAUCGUCGAAUCGCCGCAUGCAUUUCUGUUCUCGCACCAUUAUUUUCGAGGUGCUCGCACUUUGUUCUUCCAGUGCUUGUCGCAGGCGCGAGACCCCCAUCAUCUGCUCGAACUUCUCAGCCGAGAUCGUGACCCUGCACAGCCCGGCUUUCUGUUCGCUUGCGAGUUGCUGCUUCGAUCCGUGCUUCGCAACAGCCCGGAAGCGGCACUCGAACUGUAUGAUGACCUCUGGUCUAGGGGUAUUGACUUGCCCGACAGCCUCGUCCAACGCUUGAUCAAAGAAAGCGGCGGUCAAGCGCCAGCAGCUCGGCUCGAGGCGCUACUCCACCGCGUCACCAACACAAAGUCUGAAGGUCAAGCUCGCGUGUCUGUCAAGGUUCUGCGCAGCGUCGCCAUCUCCUGGGCGAUACGCAACCGUACAGAUCGAGUGAUGGCCCUGUUGGCUCAUCUAAAGCGGCGCUCGACCAAGGGACACGACGAAUUCUCUCAAAAGGUCUUGGCGGAGCUUGCCGCCGCGCGUGGUGAUGUACAGUCACUCCAUGAGCAACUAGCCGAGAAAUACGAUUUCCAAGCUCGUAAUGUGGUCGGAUGCGCGGCUGGCAAAGUUCCACUUGAUGGUAAGGCCUACGCUCUUCUCAUUAAAUCCUGCAACCGCUCGGACGACGUUGAUCUGGCCGAGUUCUACCUCGCCGAAGCGCUUGAAAGAGGAAUACCGCUCAGGCCAUCCGACUUCAACCUGGUGAUUGACAUGCACAUCCGCAAGACCAACGUCGACGCAGCACUGGCCAUCUUUGAGCAGAUGAAGGAGUUUGGUGCUCAGCCAGACACCUACACUUACACCAUCCUCAUUCAUGGCUUCGCCCUGCGUCGCGACCCAGAAUGUGCUGCACAUGCUCUGAGGGCCAUGAUUGCAGCACACAAAACCCCGGAUCGCAUCACGUAUGCUGCCUUGCUCAAUUGCUUUGUCGAGUCUGGACUGUAUGAGACAGCGACCCACCUGUUCGCUUGGAUGCAGGGUCAACGCGAUGUUCGAAUCCGCCCCACUAUCGAGGUCUGCAACAUUAUCCUCAAGGCAUACGUGCUUAGCCGCCUGCCCGUGCAGAAGGUGAUGAGGUUCGUCGACAGAGUUUGUAAAUUGGGACUGCUGCCGAACGCAAACACGUACGCUCUCAUGAUGCAAAGUGCAUGCGACGCAGGUCUCAUGGAUGUAGCCGAGGAAGUGUUUUCGGAAGCCGAGUCGGCGCUACCCAACCUCGCAGGAGCGGGUAUCGGACAGGGUGCUAACGUGUAUCACUUCACCAUCAUGAUCCAUGGCUACCUCCGUCUUGGCAAUCAUGCGGAAGCCAAGGACUAUUUCGACGAGAUGCAGAGCCGAAAGCUCACGCCUAGCGCCAUCACCUGGAGUGUUAUGGUCCACAGCUAUGCUCACAGCGAAAACGAGGCCAACUACGAUCUUGCUUGCAAUCUUGUCUCGCAGCUCGUCACAGACGAGACCAAGAGGAUCUUCCGACCGUCAUCAUGGGAAACUUCCAGUACUCGUACUCAACUGUCCAAAGUGCAAAAGGCCGAUCGCGUCGUCAGCGCAAACAAGCUGGCCGCAAAGCACAGUGCACCCUUUGAGACGCUAUAUACAGUGCUCAUGGUAGCACAAGCUCAUCGCGGCGAGCCAGAGAAUGUCGAGCAAACGCUCCAGACCAUGUUGCGUCACAUGCCUCGGUUGUCCGUUCCUGUGUUGACGCCGCUUCUCGAUGCGUAUCGACGAGCAGGUGACAUCGACAGUGCCUUGGGGUUGUUCGACCAGAUCUACGAAUCCGCACUCAGAUCAUCGCGCAGUAACAGCCGUCGUGUCUACGCCUACAGCCAGUCGGACAGUGACGACGCGGUGGAGGAGCAAGGCUCGGCCUCGCAGGCAUUGAACCAACGUAGGCAGGAUGCGAGCAGUCGAAAUCAGCUCUGCCUUCCGAUCUCGAUAAUGAUCGAUCUCUUGUCUUCGGCUGGUCGACAUGAGGAGAUUGCCAAGAUGUGGGCAAGGGCCAAGAAUGAUGGCUUCGGCUUUGAUUCGGACAACUGGAACCAUCUGGCCGCCUCGAUGGCUCGGGCUGGCCAACUUGAAGAAGCACUUUCUGUUGUCGAGCAUGUGCUUUACCGCAAUCCUCCGAAUGCAUGGAUGCGGUCACGCUUGCACGCAGAUGUGCGAGAUCAUGGAGCAGUGAGUGAUGCUGCUGGCGAGGCGCAGGUCAACGAGCUUGCAAGUGGCUCCGACGAGGAAGAACCUGGCGAAUCCGAGUGCCUGGAUCGUGAGUCGCAGGAAGCGGCUGACUUUGAUUUCUUGCCAGCCAAUACACUGCUCGAUCCAGCUGUGGCACAUCGUCCCGAUGCCACGAGUGCACCCGCUGAUUCUCUGAGCCGCCGACACGAGAAUCGAACUGACGACGACCCCUAUGUGGAUCUACCGUUCGAGCGUAGCGAACCGAGUUCUGCACAAGAAGAUGCUUCUGAGCCGGACCCGAUGCGUGAUUUACGGCUCGAAGAAUCGUACACCGAGCCAAGCGCAUUCUACCUCGAUUCGUCUGCCAAGCUCCCCUACAAACGCGAUCUGGUCUCAAACGGCGACUCGUUCUCACCCUGGUACGCUCACUUUGCUACUAUGGAGGCUAUCAGUCGCGGACUCGCCAAUCUGCGUGAAGCGUCCAAGGUCAUCACUUUGCUCGACACGUAUCGCACCGCUGCCGAUCUGUUGGAUCUGCACGAGAGGAAGGUCGAGAUCAUCCGAGAGAGGCAGAAGGACGAAGCUGUCAGGAGUGCCAGGGACCUGAUUGAUGGAAGGCGUUAA